AUGUCGACCUUCAAGGGCGUCGUGGCCGAGUUCCCCCAGAUCCGAAUCGACUACUUUCGCCCCGUGCUGGCCGUGCCGCCGCCGCUGGCCUGCUUCCUCAGCCAUGUGCACUCCGACCAUCUGCAGGGCCUGGAGUCGCUGAGGGCGCCCUUUGUCUACUGCUCGCCGGCAACCCGCGAGAUCCUGCUCCGUCUCGAAAAGUACCCCCAUCGAAUGAAUUUUGCAAAAGGCCUCCUCGAGACGCGGAAGCAGACGUACAGGCAUCUGAAGUAUUUGCUCAAGACGCUGCCUCUAGACACGCCGACUGUCAUCGAGCUAUCUCCCGGCAAUGAGUUGCGCGUCACCCUGUUCGAUGCCAAUCACUGCGCGGGGGCCGCCAUGUUCCUUAUCCAGGGCGGCGGCAAGGCAAUCCUGUACACAGGGGAUAUCAGAUCCGAGUCCUGGUGGGUAAAUUCUCUGGUGCAGAAUCCGGUACUAAUCCCAUACACUCUUGGCAAUCGACGACUUGACUGCAUAUACUUAGACACCACCUUUGCAACCAAGUCACUGUGGUCGAGAGACUUCCAAUCUAAAGCUGAAGGCAUAAAGGAACUGCUCAGUAAGGUAGAGAAAUACCCCCCCGAAACAAUAUUCUACUUCCAUUCCUGGACCUUCGGGUAUGAAAAUGUGUGGAUCGCUCUCUCAAAUUUCCUUGAAUGUCCUAUACACCUCGAUAAAUAUCGGUGGUCAAUCUAUAAAUCUCUCUCGGCCGUAAGAGGCACCCCAGACUGUAGAGAGGCACCGCCACUCUCUGGAUUUUCUCUAGGUAACCACCAAAGGAGCGGCUGUCUGACUCAAGAUUCGAACGUCAGACUCCACAGCUGCGAAAAAGGAUUUUCAUGUCCUGCCGUAAAGAAAAACUCAAAUGUCGUACACAUCCUCCCGAUUGUAACGCGAUUAGAAAACGGUUCCGAAAUCGCCGAACUUGGCGCAGGCGGUGGCAAAGGAGAUCUAGAUCAAGCUCACGAACUCGAAGUUGGCAGCACCAACGAUGUAGCUCAGCUGAUGCAUCUCUGUGCUACAAACAUAUCCAAUCCAGACCUUCUCUCAAUAGUGCUCAAACUCCUUUCUACCACCAUCACCGACUCAAAAGACAGUAUAACGCUCGAACCUAGCACAGCUGAGAAUGGCUCGUGCGAGGACGUUACGCUCCUCGACAACCUUCCGAUAAAAGACCUCAUCCCUAUACUAGCAAAAGGUGCAGCGAGACAGGCCUCGCACCCUACACCCUCUUCGGAAAAUGGAAAGUGCCUUCCAAUUCAGGAAGGUGGUCUCCCCAAAACUAUUAAAUUUCCUUAUUCGAGACACUCGUCGUACAGAGAGCUCUGUGAGCUGGUCCAAGCAUUCCGACCACGUGACGUCUAUCCAUGCACCGUCGACGCCGCCAAUUGGACCUCGGAGCUGAGCAUACGCUCUCUCUUUGGCAAUCUCUGCUCAGAUGAUGUCUUUGCACAUGAUGCGGAGAUGCUGGUAGCAUUCGCACAGCGC